ACAAAAUCAGAAGUGUCAAAGCUUUUACCAAACAAAUUAAUAAUGUCAACGAAGGGGCUAUUAAAAGCUGGUUUCGUCAAAGUUUGACUUUUGAAUCUGCAACCUCACCGACGACACCGACACCAAGACGUAACGUACGUAUCCGAUUCUAUAAAUGGGACUCAAAUCUCUAAAGGUGAGCAUACAAAUACAUCAGAAGACUACAUAAAUAUAUACAAGAGUGAAGAAAAAUGUCGACCGAAUGUCCUAGGAAGAACUCGUGGCCGGAGCUUACGGGAACAAAUGGUGACUAUGCGGCCGUGGUGAUAGAGAGAGAGAACCCCACCGUCAAUGCUGCCGUGAUUUUGGAUGGGAGUCCGGUGACCGCAGACUUCAGGUGCGACCGGGUCAGAGUUUUUGUUGAUGGAAACCGUAUCGUCGUCAAAACCCCCAAAUCCGGCUAGACUUGUAUAAUUUCUAUAUUCAUAAUGAAAAAGCUAUAGACGAGUCGUGGUUGGUUAGUAAUCAAUCAUGUAAAAUAAUAAUCGUUUGCCUUCAUAAUUUCUGUGUUACUGAUGCCUAAAGUUAUGAAUGAAAAUAGUAUCCUAUAUUUCAAUUUGUAAUGUUUCAAUUUUUUUUUGUCAGCCAAAUUUUUUGAUUUAAAGUUCAAAAGAACAGAUUGUGAUAACGAUUUCUAAGAGAAAAACACGUGUGGCAAGUGGCAACGUGUAGACAACAAAUGGUUGAGGGGAG